UCACCGACGAUUAGAAAGCGGCUGCUAAGAUUCCUAAUAGGAAACUCCGACUUUAACCUGUUGGAAAGUGAAGGUGUAGACUCCACUAUUUUGAAUCUGUGUCUUACCAGGGCCAUUCACAAUGUCUGAUGAAGAUCGCAUGAGAUCAGAGAUUUCUAGAAUGCAGAUGAGAGGCGAUGAGCUGACAGACCAGUCAUUAGAAAGUACUCGUCGCAUGUUGCAGCUUUCAGAAGAGAGUCAAGAGGUGGGAAUGAAAACACUUGUGGCACUAGAUGCACAGGGCGAACAGUUAGAUAGAGUUGAGGAGAACUUAGAUCAAAUCAAUGUUGACAUGCGCGAGGCUGAGAGAAACUUGACAGGACUCGAAAAGUGCUGUGGAUUGUGUGUUUGCCCGUGGAGAAGGCGGAAGAAUUUCGAAAACAGUGAAAUGCACAAGAAAGCCUUUAAGGAUAGUGAUGAUGGAGCCAUAUCUACCCAACCAGGAGCCAGAUAUGCACAAGACGGAAACCGUGGAGAGACAGCGAAAAGUGGAUACAUACAAAAGAUAACAGGAGAUGAUAGAGAAGAUGAAAUGGAUGAAAAUCUUGGGCAAGUGGCCAACAUUGUCGGAAAUCUGAAGUCAAUGGCGAUGGACAUGGGAAAUGAGAUUGACACCCAGAACAGGCAGUUGGAUCGCAUCAAUGCAAAGGCGGAAGCAAACGAUGUCCGCAUCCAACAGGCAAACACGCGGGCACGGGAUAUCUUAAGGAACUGUUGAAUGGCAGAAUCGAGGAUGUUGUCAUUGUUCUUCUAGUCUUAUCCAAGUUAGUAAUGUUAGCACUGAGUAUAGUUUUUUUGCCAAACCUGAAUUACGAUUGCAAUGAUAUUGAGACUUCCACAACAGGGGAACAUAAUAAAAAAUUGGUUCAAAGAAAUUCAUUCAACCUUAUUUUUAAAAUUUGUGUAAUUAAAGGCCUUUCACCAUUACAAAAUUUAGUCUCUUCCUUUUAAGACAAAACAGACCGCUGUGAAAAAAGUUUAAAAAGCAAGGAUAAAAAAGUGUUUACGAUCGUGGCGUUAAAAGAUCAUUGUUGUUGAAAGCUAGAAGGGUAGAUAUCUUUGUUACAAUGUGUAGCCAAGUUUGAAUAUAAGGAAUGGUAUUUCGUAAGACACAUUCAAAUGUUUUUCUUUGCUUUAAAGAAAGACUUAGAAUUAGUCAUAUUUUACAUUUAUCUACAAAGACAACAAUUCGAUUUUGUUCUUAGUAUAUAUUGUAACAAUCUCCAGCGACUGUAUCAGGACAAAGGAGCCAAAGGAAAUUACUUUUGUUGAAAUAAACCUAAUGCCUC